GACUAAACUCUUCGUUGUCGGACCAGCACCUUCCCUUAAUUAUCCAAUCGUUGUGGCGAAGAAGGGCAAGAUAUUGUUUAGAAGUAGACACAAUAGACAAAAUAAACAAGAAUUAGUCUGGUUUGAUUUAACUACCGGGAGGAUUGAUAAGAUUUUGAUGUUAGAAAACAGAUACAUGGACGUUAUCUGUCUAGUAUAUAGUUAAUUUCUUUCUCUGGUUUUCUAGUAUAUGCCAAAUUAAGAAACUAUUGCAUAAUGUGGAACUCCUCGGACUAACUCGAGUUGGAAGUCAUCAAGUCAUCCGUCAGAUUUCUGCUGGUUUUAUGAUAUUCUUCAAUACUUUAGAUAAAGCAAUUUCAGUUAGCUGAUGUUUAUACUUUUGUUCUUGUAUUCACAUCUCUAUCGUUUCAAAUUUUGGAGUCGCACCUUUCCCUUCUUAGGCAGGUGAACUGUAACAAUGGCUUAGUAUUGAAGUUAAUUAUUUCCUUGAAUAACACAGCCUCAUUCUACAAUUUAGAUAUGACUCAAUUUCCAAAAUUCAUUAUCACAAGUUGUAUUUUAAAGAUUUCAGUGCUAGUUGUGCUGAAGGUCAAUGAAAUUUUCUCUACAAUUUAAAAUUGUAUCAUUGUAUUUUCUAAUUAGCUCAGUUGCCAAAAUAGAGGGAGAAAAGAUAUAUCAAAUCUAAUAUAAGUACUUCAAGAAACCAAAAUUUCUUUAUUUAUAUGUAACUUGUGUGACAGUCUCUCCUGAUAUGUUGAUUUCUCUUGCUUUGGUCAUUAGAAGACAAAUAGUCAAUAAUACAAUAAUUAUAAUAUCUUAUUUGCAUCUUAAACCACCAUUUAUAACCAAAAGCCAAGUCUCAAAGUUAACAUACAUAAGAGAAAAUUGUGAAUUGUGUGAAUCUUGUGCCUUCAACCAACACAAAAAAGAAGAUGGAAGCAAAGAAAGUUCCUGAGGUAGUACUAAAUUCUGGGAAAAAGAUGCCAACAAUAGGAUUUGGAACAGGAACAAUUCCUCCUCCACAAACUUUGCUUGAUGCCAUUGACAUUGGUUACAGACAUUUUGAUACUGCUUCGGUGUAUAAUACUGAAGAACCUGUAGGCCAAGCUGUGUCAAAAUCCUUAGAGCUAGGACUCAUUAAAAAUCGCGAUGAACUGUUCAUUACUUCCAAGUUAUGGUGUACUGAUGCUCACCAUGACCUUGUUCUCCCAGCUCUCAAAAACACCCUCAAAAAGCUCGGGUUGGAGUAUGUGGAUCUCUAUUUGAUUCACUGGCCAGUGAGGCUGAAACAAGAUGUUGAAGGCAUAAACUUUAAAGGCGAGGAUGUGAUUCCAUUUGACAUAAAAGAAACAUGGGAAGCUAUGGAAGAUUGUUAUAGAUUGGGCUUAGCCAAGUCUAUUGGUGUUAGCAACUUUGGUAUCAAAAAGCUCUCCACACUCUUAGAAAAUGCCAACAUUCCACCUGCAGUUAAUCAGGUGGAAAUGAACCCAUCAUGGCAUCAGGGGAAACUCAGAGAAUUCUGCAAGCAGAAAGGAAUCCAUGUGAGUGCAUGGUCACCACUAGGCGGAUACAAACUAAGUUGGGGUUCGUCUGCAGUGAUGGAGAAUUCAAUUCUGCGCGAAAUUGCUGAGGUGAAAAAGAAGAGUGUAGCCCAGAUAGCGCUAAGAUGGAUACACGAGCAGGGAGCAAGUCCCAUUGUAAAAAGCUUUAACAAGGAGAGGAUGAGACAAAACAUUGAAAUAUUUGAUUGGGAAUUGAAACAGGAAGAGUUAGACAAAAUCAAUCUGAUUCCUCAAUGCAGACUGCUAAAGGCAGAAUUAUUUGUAUCUGAUAAUGGACCCUACAAAUCCUUGGAAGAGCUGUGGGAUGGCGAUGUUUGAGAAAAAUAUUUGUUUAAAUAAUUGAUGUAUGGGUCAUGGGAAGCCUACUGUAUCAUUUUAAGUAGUAAAAUCGGUAAAUUACCCUAUAUUGUUCUCGAGGAUUGUGUGUCGAGAAUCAACUCAUGAAAUAAAGUACUUAUUUGAUCUAAAUUUUGACAUUUCAAAAA